CGUUGGUAGGCUUAUUAACCUUAGAACAUAAUCUACGUAUCUCUCUACCUUCACUCUAUGUAGCUUCGACCACAGAACAACCUCUUCUUUCUUGAGCUAUUCCAUAGCCCAUAACACGCAACACCUCAAUUUAUGAGGCUUCAAUACACAUGGAUCUCCCUUCCCGGUAAUACUACUGCGGCUUUGGCUGCUCCCGGUUUCUUCUACAACUAGCAAUUCGCGCAAUUUCGAAUCUACCUAAUCCUCCGUAACCGCAACUUCACAAUUCGCUCGCCUCUACUGUGACUCCAUUCGGAAGGCUACGCCAUGGUUGUGUGCUCAAUGUCUUCUACUUCUAGGUCGUUGCCGGCCGUGCGAGCACGUGUUUCAGCCCUACGAUCUCCAAUGCCUCAUCCAAUACGAGCCUCGAGACUCUAUUCAACACACGCGGCUCGAUUACAAUAUCGACCACGCCCUAGAUCCCCUCGAAUACCGCCCACAUCGAGAAAACAUAUACGUACAUUUGCAUCUGAUGGAUCUAAAGCUCCAGCCUCCGAAGGGGCUAAAACCGCACAUAGAUUAGAGUCAGAGACUGACUCUGCCGCGAGAGCUGCUAAGUCUCCAGACGAAACCAGCUUCCAGAAACCUCAGGUUUCUACCGUCGCCUCUACCUCAUCAACCGACUCGGACCUAGAUUGGGAGGAGAAGCCCAAUUUCCAGAUCGAAAAAUUCACAGAUCUUCCAUAUCAGAAUUUUGGCGUGAAUCAGCACAUGAUCAUCGAUCGAGAGUUUAAAGAGGUGCUACGGCAACUCUUGUGGAGGUUCCGAGCGCCAAUCCGAUACGCAUUUGCAUAUGGUUCCGGCGUCUUCCCACAGACAACAGGCGAUGCGGCAACCGAGGCUGAGAUCAAGGCAGUUCACUCAAAGCCUCCAGUGGCCGUCCAAAAAGCCCAAGAUGGUUCACCCAAGAUGAUUGACUUCAUCUUUGGAGUCUCAUACACGCAGCAUUGGCAUUCGCUCAACCUCAUGCAACAUCGUGAUCAUUAUUCUAUGCUUGGGUCGUUAGGAUCGGCUGCCGUGUCUCAUGUUCAAGAUAAAUGGGGCGCCGGCGUCUACUUCAACCCUUACGUCACUGUUGACGGAAUAUUGAUCAAGUAUGGGGUUGUCAAUAUCGACACAUUGUGUAGGGAUUUGAGCGAAUGGGACACUUUGUAUCUUGCUGGUCGCUUGCACAAGCCUGUAAAGAUCUUGCGAGACGACCCCAAGGUCCGUCUUGCGAACCAGAUCAACCUCCUCUCUGCGCUACGUACAGCACUCCUAUUGCUUCCCCCCACUUUUACCGAACAAGAGCUCUAUGCGACGAUUGCUGGUAUAAGUUACUUAGGUGAUCCCCGGAUGGCUUUUCCAACUGAAAACCCGAAAAAGGUUUCAAAUAUCGUGAAUCACAAUAUGCUAAAUUUCCGACGACUUUAUGCUCCUCUCGUCGAAGCUCUUCCCAACGUCGACUAUAAUGAUCCGGCUGUUAGCAGGCCCGAUUGGAUUACAAAUACAGAUUCUGUGUUGAAGAUAGAGCAAGAUAUGGACCCCGUCAAACGAGGCAAUAUGGUACGCCGACUGCCGAAAGCUUUCCGUUCGAAAUUGUACUUCGAAUAUCAAAAGAAGUUUCAAAUCCCACAACUUGAGUUCGACAAGAUGAUAGAAGAGAGCAAAGAUGAAGAUGUCGGCUCUUUCAAAAGACAACAGGGUGGAGGUUUCGAGCAACGUGUGGCUCAGGAUGAUCCUGAAGCUCUCCGACAGACCAUCCGCGGUGUUAUCAAGAAGACUAUCAGCUGGCCUAGCACCUCACAGAGUAUAAAAGGUGUUAUCACCGCCGGGUUUAGCCGAAGCAUUCGUUAUUUGGGUGAGAAAAUGGCGAAGUAUCGUGAGGCUAGUAAACCUAAGGAAGAGAAAGAGAAAUCAUCGUAAUCUCAUCUUAUGAAAAUACGACCAUUAUGUUUCUGAUUUACACCCUUUGAAGUGGGUUUCAUAUCACGUACCUGGACGCGCGUUCGAGUAACCUAAGCUAAGUCAUGAUCAUACACCAACCACCAAAGGUAGCCCUAACUGAGGGAUUUCUUCUGUUCAGUACGAAAAGCAUAUUGCAUGGAUUCGGAGGCAGCUUCGGCUUGGAGAUAUUUUAGGGUUAUGUACGUUCAAUGCGGAAGCGGGUGGGCGAUUGCGCGCUUUCUACCAGAAAAAUACCCACAGCAUAUUUUUGACCUGAAGGUAUCAGGUCACGCUGCGUGUUGGAUUAGAAAAGGAGAUGAGCAUGGCGGGUUGGUUCGACCAUUCGAAUGAGUACUUACUCUACAAGACCCGUUCAUAACACUGACUUCACAGUCAAGGCAUCUCAGAGACCAAUCUCUAUCAAUGUACAUAUACACCACUUCACAAGGGAGAAAAAAAAUCAAGAUACUAUCAAAGUUAAAAUAUUUCUAGCCCGCUUACCCCUCGGAUUGCCUGCUGAUUGCCUUAAAAGGGGGCGGCCACGGUUCCAGAAAACCCAGGUUCUUCAUCGUCCAGCUCUACCAUGUAUAUGUUG